UGAAGAACAUGACAAGUAGCGGACAUUUACGUGAGGAGGAGAUCAAAGAAAAUACUUCGGACAGGAAAGGAGCGUUCGCUGUAUAAAUUUCAAUGUAUUACGUCGACGGAGACCUUUUGAGCUCAAAUAGUAGUGGGAAUCCGACAUGGGCUUACUCACACGGGCUUGGAAAAAACUGAGCGACACGGAUGCUUUGAGGCUGUCCAGCGGGUACUACGAAACUGCUUUUUAUGAGCCUGUAUAUAGGGUCGCUUAUUUAGUUGGUCUAUCGUCGUUGGACCGCAGCGUAUCUUAUCUCGUCUACAGCGCAGUGGUUAAAAUGAUGAUAGGCAUGUUCAUUGGCGGAGAACUCUGGUUUGUCUGUACUGAAUCGUUGAGCCUCGAUGAAAUCGCAUCUUCUAUAAAUGUCAUCGUGAUACAAAUGACUAUGAUGCUGAAGCUAAAAAACCUGGUGGAGCACAAAGAUAUAUACAGGCGUCUGGCUACAUCUAUGGAGUCUCCGUAUUUCGAUAUACGAACCGAAAAGCGCCGACAAAUCUUCGAACACUGGGUCAAAACUCACGAGAGGACGCUAAAGUUCCUACUGUUCUUAGGCAACGGUUCUCUUGCAGCUUGGUAUAUUCAUCCAUUAAUUGAUGAGUUUGAGUACAAUUUGAUGGUCGGACUUCGACUGCCAUUCAGUUUCGACACGCCUCUCCGAUACUUGUGCACUUACGUCAUCGUGCUGAUUGCUUUCAACUAUACUGCUCAUUACGUCAUGGUCACAGAUCUAAUUAUGCAAUCCUAUUUGAUACCACUGAUCUGUCAGUACGCUGUUCUAGCCGACUGCUUUGAGAAUAUUUUGAUCGACUGCAGUAAUGAUUAUGGAGACCACGAUAUGGAAAUGCAUGAACGUAGCUCAGAUCCAGCUUUUAUUCGAAUUUACAUGAAACGGUUAAGUAAUUUGGUUGAGCAACAUUCAUUUCUUCUGGAUCGCAGUAUGGAAUUGCGGGCCAUAUUGAGCCGGCCAAUGUUAGGUCAGUUGGCUUCAAGUGGCCUGCUUAUUUGCUUUGUUGGAUAUCAGGCCACCACGUCAAUAUCAGUGAACAUCGUGAAAUGUCUGAUGAGUUUGUUUUAUCUUGGGUACAACAUGUUCACGCUUUUUGUCGUUUGUCGUUGGUGUGAAGAAAUUACGAAUAAGAGCUUGAACAUUGGCAAUGCGGUGUACUGUUCAGGGUGGGAAAGUGGUAUGACAGUUGUUCCCACAGUGCGGUCCACCAUUCUGCUGGUGAUUCUGCGAGCGAACAAGCCGAUUGUGUUCACGGCCGGCGGAAUGUAUAAUCUCUCCUUAACAUCGUAUACUAGCUUGGUGAAAGGAUCAUACAGCGCUCUAACGUUUCUACUAAGAAUUCAACACGAAUAAAAUCCUCAUUGAAUUGUAAUAUGUAUUUAAGUGUUUAUCAAGCAAGAAUAAAAUAAAAAAUGAGAAAUUGUUUAAAAAAAAACCAUUUAACUAUCUGCAACGUUAAAAUAGCUGAGUUCAAUUGUGAAUGUUUCCCUCUGUGUUGUUGACACGCACUUUCUCGAUUUCAUUUUAUUUACUUGUUCUCCACAAUAAACAAUCAACAAAACAUGUCCCUUACGAUUGUUUUUCU